CCCCAUAUGAGAUAUUGACGUGGAAGGACACAGCAGAGGGGCGAACAAGGAAGGAUACAUGUACACGCCACAUCGGAAAGAAUGAAAGAGAUGUUUCACAAACGGUUGAAGUGGCUUCUUGCUGCAGUGGUGUUGCUAGUUCCAUCGGCGUCGUGUCAAGAAAACGUCAUAAUACGUGGACUGGAAGACAGCGUUUAUAACGUGGGAGACAUCGGACACCUGCAGGUGCUGUUGAAUCAGACAGUGGACGAUCCAGGAGUAUGGUACAAAGAUGGCAAGGACGUUCGAGGCGUAACAGGCAAACUGCUGAUACUGGAUGCGCCCACAGCUCGCCAACUGGUCAUCUACAACGUGCAGUACGGCGAUUCCGGGAACUACACCCUCACUAUCAAUGGCGUAAACACUUCGGCAACAGUCACAAUAGGAACUAUCGACAUCCUAAUAGGUCUCCGUGACGUGAAGGUCGAAGUUGGCAAACAGAUGUCGUUUCAGACAACCCUGUCUGCUUCAAAUAUUACGGAGGGCUACUGGACAAAGAACGGUGUUCCACUGACCAACUCGGUCAAAUAUGAAAUCACUGUAAGCAAUCAGGUGCAGCGGCUGACCAUCACAAGCUUGACCACUGGUGACAUAGGGACGUACACCUAUUCGGUGCGAGGGAAAAACACAUCAGCUAAUCUUGAUGUGGAGGCAAAUCCAGUGUUACGGAUCCUGCAGAGAUUGCAAUCAAUGACUGUUGCACCUGGUCAACCUCUUGAACUCCGGGUGACCCUGUCCCAGCCAAACGUAUCACUUGGUACCUGGUACAGAAAUGGGGUUCCUGUUUCGGAAUCGGAAAACAGACAAAUUUCCGUGAAUGAAAAUGUCCACCAACUUCUCAUCACGAAUGUCCAAGCAGCCAGAGAUUCCGGAAUUUAUGUCUACAUUGUUCGGCAACUGGUUACAGUUGCUAAUAUAGCGGUGCAGGAAAUUAACAUUCUGACAAACCUUGAGGACUUCACAGCAACCCUUGGGAGCACCGUCUCCUUCACAUGCAGGCUGUCUGAAAGUGGUGUCGACGUUGGUGUCUGGCGGAAAGACGGGAAGACCUUGUCUAGUGAUGGUAGGAUAACUAUAACAACACUUGGGCAAGAUCAGGUGCUUACCAUCAGGACCGUCCAGUCGACAGACGCCGGCUUGUAUCGAUACACCAUCGGCAGCAAGGAAACAUCGGCACUCCUGAACAUCGCAAAUGAUGCAAUUGCCUUUACCGCUUGCUUGGUCAUUGAUGGGUCGGAAAGUGUUCAGGAAGCCAACUUUCUCAUAAUGAAAAAUCUGAUGAAGUCGUACAUCAGUCGUACCUCCACUGCCAACAAUCAGUCCAGAGCUGGCGUUGUUGUGUUCAGUGAUUCUGUGACAAGCAUCCCAAUAAGUGCCAAUCUCUCAGCCCUCACCCGUCAGAUAGAUGCACUGGCCUACCCAGGACAGGGGACAUCCACGCACCUGGGCAUCGACCAAGCGAGACAGAUGCUGCUGCAGGACUCCACACUGAACCCAAAGAUCAUGAUAGUUGUUACAGAUGGCGCCUCCGACAAUGAAGUAGAAACACGUACAGCCGCACAGCGUGCCAAGGAUGCUGGGAUAACUAUUUUUGCUGUAGGAAUCACAGAAUUUGUGUCAUCAUCCGCAUCAUUAUUAGCAAAACUGGAAGAAGAAAUAUCAACUAUAAUUAACAGCAAUUCCAACAAAAUCAGUCUCCCAACAUUCUCCAACCUAACUGGCAUAACUUCUGAGACUCUCUACGGGAUUUUUCAGAAUUUUGUGGCUGGAAUAUCAAUCACCCAAGAAAUGGUGUCUCAGACAGCACUGACAGGCUCACUGGUAUCCUUGACAGUGAGAGUCAACAGAUUAGAUGUGACUUUGGGUGUCUGGAGUAAAAAUGGUCUGCCCCUCGUGUUGGGUCAGAAGUACAAGAAGUCUGUGUCGUCCUACCUUCAGAAGCUUGAUAUUAUCAGUGCAGACCUUGAUUCUGCUGGAUUGUACACUUUCACCGUUGGGAAGCAGAGUUCAUCAGCAUCAGUUACACUCUUUGAUGCAGUAAAUAAUGUCACUACAUACACCGGAGGGCAGGCUGUAUUUAGAACUCACGUGGCUCCAGCAGGCGUUUCAAGCGGACAAUGGUCAAGAAGCGGAGCAGCUUUGGCAAAUUCCAGCAAAUACACAAUGACCAACAAUGAGCUUGUGGACAAACAGUCACGGCAGCUGGCCAUUAACACAGUACAAGUGUCAGACCAGGGAUUCUACAGCUUCACUCUCAAUGGAGUGGCCACACGGGGAAACCUUAUAGUUACAGCUUUAAGGAUUACCUCAUUUUUGCAACCCCUAACUGUGACGGAGGGUUCUGCUACCAACCUUGAGACCACUCUGUCACUACCCGAUAUCGAUACGGGUGUUUGGAGGAAGGACGGGGUUGAAAUCGUCGGUUCUCAGAACAUCCAGAUAUCCACUGAGGGAAGAACACAGCGCCUAUUAAUCACAGAGACAGGUCUGGAUGCAGCAGGAGAAUACUCCUAUUCAAUCAAUGGUCUCCUCACCAGGGCGCAGGUCACUGUUGUGCCGACACGAGUUGAUGGUAACGUGACGCAAUGGACACAGUGGAAUUACUCUCCCUGUUCAGCAACCUGCGGUCCAGGUCAGAGGAAUGGGACAAGGAGCAGGACAUGCACCAACCCAGCACCAGCAUUUGGCGGGAGGAACUGUACUCAACCGCUGCUUUCUGAGGAAACUGUCAUUUGUACUGACCGAAACUGUCCUGUCAAUGGAGGAUUCACCACCUGGACAAAUUGGGCAGGUAGUGGGUGUAACCCAACCUGUGGAUCAGGAGGAGUUCAAGUUGUCACCAGAAACAGAACUUGUACAAACCCGAGUCCAAUGUUUGGAGGAUCUGAGUGCGUUGGAGCUCCAUUUCAGUCUAUAAUAAGAACUUGUGCAAUUCCUGUCUGCCCAGUCAAUGGAGGGUUUACCAUCUGGACCAAUUGGGCAGGUAGUGGGUGUAACCCAACCUGUGGACCAGGAGGAGUUCAACUUUUCACCAGAACCAGAACUUGCACAAACCCGAGACCAACGUCUGGAGGGUCUGACUGCGUUGGACCUCAAUUUCAGUCUACAAUAACGGCAUGUGUUGUUCCAGCCUGCCCAGUUGAUGGUAACGUGACGCAAUGGACACAGUGGAAUUACUCUUCCUGUUCAGCAACCUGCGGUCCAGGUCAGAGGAAUGGGACAAGAAGCAGGACAUGCACCAACCCAGCACCUGCAUUUGGCGGGAGGAACUGUACUCAACCGCUGCUUUCUGAGGAAACUGUCAAUUGUACUGACCGAAACUGUCCUGUCAAUGGAGGAUUCACAACCUGGACAAAUUGGGCAGGUAGUGGGUGUAACCCAACCUGUGGAUCAGGAGGAGUUCAAGUUGUCACCAGAAACAGAACUUGUACAAACCCGAGUCCAAUGUUUGGAGGAUCUGAGUGCGUUGGAGCUCCAUUUCAGUCUAUAAUAAGGACUUGUGCAAUUCCUGUCUGCCCAGUUGAUGGUAACGUGACGCAAUGGACACAGUGGAAUUACUCUCCCUGUUCAGCAACCUGCGGUCCAGGCGAAAGGAGUGGGACAAGAAGCAGGACUUGCACCAACCCAGCACCAGCAUUUGGCGGAAGUGACUGUACUCAACCACUGUUUUCUGAGGAAACUGUCAAUUGUACUGACCGAAACUGUUCCAUUGAUGGGGGCGUAACAGCGUGGACAGAGUGGUCGGGACCGUCGUGUAAUUGUAGUGAUGCAUCUACGAGGACGCUCAACAGGUAUAGGACUUGUACAAAUCCUCCACCUCAAUUCGGCGGUCAAAUCUGCAGAGAAACUUUGAUUGAAACAGUGACAAGAACCUGCGAUGUCAGUAACUGCCCAGUUGAUGGAGGCGUAAGUGAGUGGAGUGAUUGGGUCGAUGGGGAAUGUUCACAGACGUGUGGAGCAACUGCUUUCAAACCUCGAACAAGAACAAGAACAUGCACCAACCCGCCACCCAGCAAUGGUGGACUCGAAUGCCGAGUAACACUAACAGCAAGGACUAAUGUUAGCUGUAACUCUGCUCCUUGCCCCAUUGAUGGUAAUGUAACGCAAUGGGCACAGUGGAAUUACUCCCCCUGUUCAGCAACCUGCGGUCCAGGACAGAGGAGUGGGACAAGAAGCAGGACUUGCACCAACCCAACACCAGCAUUUGGAGGAAGUGGCUGUACUCAACCGCUGGUUUCUGUGGAAAUUGUCAAUUGUACUGACCGAAACUGUCCCAUUGAUGGGGGCGUAACAGCGUGGACAGAGUGGUCGGGACCGUCGUGUAAUUGUAGUGAUGCAUCUACGAGGACGCUCAACAGGUAUAGGACUUGUACAAAUCCUCCACCUCAAUUCGGCGGUCAAAUCUGCAGAGAAACUUUGAUUGAAACAGUGACAAGAACCUGCGUUGUCAGUAACUGCCCAGUUGAUGGAGGCGUAAGUGAGUGGAGUGAUUGGGUCGAUGGGGAAUGUUCACAGACGUGUGGAGUAACUGCUUUCAAACCUCGAACAAGAACAAGAACAUGCACCAACCCGCCACCCAGCAAUGGUGGACUCGACUGCCGAGUAACACUAACAGCAAGGACUAAUGUUAGCUGUAACUCUGCUCCUUGCCCCAUUGAUGGUAAUGUAACGCAAUGGGCACAGUGGAAUUACUCCCCCUGUUCAGCAACCUGCGGUCCAGGACAGAGGAGUGGGACAAGAAGCAGGACUUGCACCAACCCAACACCAGCAUUUGGAGGAAGUGGCUGUACUCAACCGCUGGUUUCUGUGGAAACUGUCAAUUGUACUGACCGAAACUGUCCCAUUGAUGGGGGCGUAACAGCGUGGACAGAGUGGUCGGGACCGUCGUGUAAUUGUAGUGAUGCAUCUACGAGGACGCUCAACAGGUAUAGGACUUGUACAAAUCCUCCACCUCAAUUCGGCGGUCAAAUCUGCAGAGAAACUUUGAUUGAAACAGUGACAAGAACCUGCGAUGUCAGUAACUGCCCAGUUGAUGGAGGCGUAAGUGAGUGGAGUGAUUGGGUCGAUGGGGAAUGUUCACAGACGUGUGGAGUAACUGCUUUCAAACCUCGAACAAGAACAAGAACAUGCACCAACCCGCCACCCAGCAAUGGUGGACUCGACUGCCGAGUAACACUAACAGCAAGGACUAAUGUUAGCUGUAACUCUGCUCCUUGCCCCAUUGAUGGUAAUGUAACGCAAUGGGCACAGUGGAAUUACUCCCCCUGUUCAGCAACCUGCGGUCCAGGACAGAGGAGUUGGACAAGAAGCAGGACUUGCACCAACCCAACACCAGCAUUUGGAGGAAGUGGCUGUACUCAACCGCUGGUUUCUGUGGAAAUUGUCAAUUGUACUGACCGAAACUGUCCCAUUGAUGGGGGCGUAACAGCGUGGACAGAGUGGUCGGGACCGUCGUGUAAUUGUAGUGAUGCAUCUACGAGGACGCUCAACAGGUAUAGGACUUGUACAAAUCCUCCACCUCAAUUCGGCGGUCAAAUCUGCAGAGAAACUUUGAUUGAAACAGUGACAAGAACCUGCGAUGUCAGUAACUGCCCAGUUGAUGGAGGCGUAAGUGAGUGGAGUGAUUGGGUCGAUGGGGAAUGUUCACAGACGUGUGGAGUAACUGCUUUCAAACCUCGAACAAGAACAAGAACAUGCACCAACCCGCCACCCAGCAAUGGUGGACUCGACUGCCAAGUAACACUAACAGCAAGGACUAAUGUUAGCUGUAACUCUGCUCCUUGCCCCAUUGAUGGUAAUGUAACGCAAUGGGCACAGUGGAAUUACUCCCCCUGUUCAGCAACCUGCGGUCCAGGACAGAGGAGUGGGACAAGAAGCAGGACUUGCACCAACCCAACACCAGCAUUUGGAGGAAGUGGCUGUACUCAGCCGCUGGUUUCUGUGGAAAUUGUCAAUUGUACUGACCGAAACUGUCCCAUUGAUGGGGGCGUAACAGCGUGGACAGAGUGGUCGGGACCGUCGUGUAAUUGUAGUGAUGCAUCUACGAGGACGCUCAACAGGUAUAGGACUUGUACAAAUCCUCCACCUCAAUUCGGCGGUCAAAUCUGCAGAGAAACUUUGAUUGAAACAGUGACAAGAACCUGCGAUGUCAGUAACUGCCCAGUUGAUGGAGGCGUAAGUGAGUGGAGUGAUUGGGUCGAUGGGGAAUGUUCACAGACGUGUGGAGUAACUGCUUUCAAACCUCGAACAAGAACAAGAACAUGCACCAACCCGCCACCCAGCAAUGGUGGACUCGACUGCCAAGUAACACUAACAGCAAGGACUAAUGUUAGCUGUAACUCUGCUCCUUGCCCCAUUGAUGGUAAUGUAACGCAAUGGGCACAGUGGAAUUACUCCCCCUGUUCAGCAACCUGCGGUCCAGGACAGAGGAGUGGGACAAGAAGCAGGACUUGCACCAACCCAACACCAGCAUUUGGAGGAAGUGGCUGUACUCAACCGCUGGUUUCUGUGGAAACUGUCAAUUGUACUGACCGAAACUGUCCCAUUGAUGGGGGCGUAACAGCGUGGACAGAGUGGUCGGGACCGUCGUGUAAUUGUAGUGAUGCAUCUACGAGGACGCUCAACAGGUAUAGGACUUGUACAAAUCCUCCACCUCAAUUCGGCGGUCAAAACUGCAGAGAAACUUUGAUUGAAACAGUGACAAGAACCUGCGAUGUCAGUAACUGCCCAGUUGAUGGAGGCGUAAGUGAGUGGAGUGAUUGGGUCGAUGGGGAAUGUUCACAGACGUGUGGAGUAACUGCUUUCAAACCUCGAACAAGAACAAGAACAUGCACCAACCCGCCACCCAGCAAUGGUGGACUCGACUGCCGAGUAACACUAACAGCAAGGACUAAUGUUAGCUGUAACUCUGCUCCUUGCCCCAUUGGUACAUAUAUUCUGUUGCUGACCAAUGAUUCGUCAACCUACGUUGCCGCCAACAUAACUUUGAGAGUUAUUUUGUCUGCGAAUGCAUCGCAAGGCUUCUGGUUCAAGGACAACAUCCCUGUAGUUAACAAUGACCGAACUAGGUACUCUGUGUCUGGGCUAAACCACGAACUGACAAUCACUAAUGUCACAGAAUCGGAUGCAGGGUCUUAUGGUUACUUCAUCAAUGGGAACUUCAUACAAGGCAAUCUGACAGUGGAUAGUCAAGUUGAUGGCAACUUCACCGAGUGGGGUGAAUGGAGUAACACACCAUGUGGUGUGACAUGUGGACAGACAGCUACGAAGGCAGUAGCUAGAAAUAGGACCUGUAUCAACCCAGAGUCCGGCGGGGCCAACUGUGUUGGACCUACCAUCCAGACUAAAUCCGUUAGCUGCGGCCUAGAUCCAUGUCCUAUUGAUGGAGGAAUAUCAGAUUGGGGUAUGUGGACCACGACGAGUCCGUGUACAGCGACUUGUGGCGAGAGAGAGACAACAGUUGUGACCAGGACAAGGAGCUGCUCCAGACCUCAGCCCAGAUUCGGUGGAAGAGACUGUACAGAGACUCGAUUUGAGGCCAUGACGAGAAGUUGUAAUCUGCCGAGAUGUCCAAAUGAUCAAGAUAUUCAUAUGCUGAUCAAUAACAUUGCAACCUACGUUGGCGCCAACAUAACUUUGAGAGUUGUUCUGUCUGCGAAUGCAUCACAAGGCUUCUGGUUCAAGGACAACAUCCCUGUAGUUGACAAUGACCGAACUAGGUACUCUAUGUCUGGGCUAAACCACGAACUGACAAUCACUAAUGUCACAGAAUCGGAUGCAGGGUCUUAUGGUUACUUCAUCAAUAGGGACUUCAUACAAGGCAAUCUGACAGUGGAUAGUCAAGUUGAUGGCAACUUCACCGAGUGGGGUGAAUGGAGUAACACACCAUGUGGUGUGACAUGUGGACAGACAGCUACGAAGGCAGUGGCUAGAAAUAGGACCUGUAUCAACCCAGAGUCCGGCGGGGCCAACUGUGUUGGACCUACCAUCCAGACUAAAUCCGUUAGCUGCGGCCUAGAUCCAUGUCCUAUUGAUGGAGGAAUAUCAGAUUGGGGUAUGUGGACCACGACGAGUCCUUGUACAGCGACUUGUGGCGAGAGAGAGACAUCAGUUGUGACCAGGACAAGGAACUGCUCCAGACCUCAGCCCAGAUUCGAUGGAAGAGACUGUACAGAGACUCGAUUUGAGGCCAUGACGAGAAGUUGUAAUCUGCCGAGAUGUCCAAAUGAUCCAGAUAUUCAGAUGCUGAUCAAUAACAUUGCAACCUACGUUGGCGCCAACAUAACUUUGAGAGUUGUUCUGUCUGCGAAUGCAUCACAAGGCUUCUGGUUCAAGGACAACAUCCCUGUAGUUGACAAUGACCGAACUAGGUACUCUAUGUCUGGGCUAAACCACGAACUGACAAUCACUAAUGUCACAGAAUCGGAUGCAGGGUCUUAUGGUUACUUCAUCAAUAGGGACUUCAUACAAGGCAAUCUGACAGUGGAGAGUCAAGUUGAUGGCAACUUCACCGAGUGGGGUGAAUGGAGUAACACACCAUGUGGUGUGACAUGUGGACAGACAGCUACGAAGGCAGUGGCUAGAAAUAGGACCUGUAUCAACCCAGAGUCCGGCGGGGCCAACUGUGUUGGACCUACCAUCCAGACUAAAUCCGUUAGCUGCGGCCUAGAUCCAUGUCCUAUUGAUGGAGGAAUAUCUGAUUGGGGUAUGUGGACCACGACGAGUCCUUGUACAGCGACUUGUGGCGAGAGAGAGACAUCAGUUGUGACCAGGACAAGGAACUGCUCCAGACCUCAGCCAAGAUUCGAUGGAAGAGACUGUACAGAGACUCGAUUUGAGGCCAUGACGAGAAGUUGUAAUCUGCCGAGAUGUCCAAUUGAUGGAGGAAUAUCUGAUUGGGGUAUGUGGACCACGACGAGUCCUUGUACAGCGACUUGUGGCGAGAGAGAGACAUCAGUUGUGACCAGGACAAGGAGCUGCUCCAGACCUCAGCCCAGAUUCGGUGGAAGAGACUGUACAGAGACUCGAUUUGAGGCCAUGACGAGAAGUUGUAAUCUGCCGAUAUGUCCAAAUGAUCCAGAUAUUCAGAUGCUGAUCAAUAACAUUGCAACCUACGUUGGCGCCAACAUAACUUUGAGAGUUGUUCUGUCUGCGAAUGCAUCACAAGGCUUCUGGUUCAAGGACAACAUCCCUGUAGUUGACAAUGACCGAACUAGGUACUCUAUGUCUGGGCUAAACCACGAACUGACAAUCACUAAUGUCACAGAAUCGGAUGCAGGGUCUUAUGGUUACUUCAUCAAUAGGGACUUCAUACAAGGCAAUCUGACAGUGGAGAGUCAAGUUGAUGGCAACUUCACCGAGUGGGGUGAAUGGAGUAACACACCAUGUGGUGUGACAUGUGGACAGACAGCUACGAAGACAGUGACCAGACAAAGAACCUGCAUCAACCCACCGUCUGGUGGAGCCAACUGUGUAGGACCUUCCCGCCAGACUACAUCCGUGAACUGUGGCCUAGAUCCGUGUCCUACAGUGACUGGAGUGUGUGACAACGUGGUGAUGCGAUACGGUAUAGGCUACCGCUACCAUCCUACUGACUGCGAUAAGUACAUCCAGUGUUACUUCAACCCCAACGGCAGCGUCAUCGGCAUCCACAGAAGCUGCUCCUUCGGCUACUCAUGGGAUCAAGCAACGCUGAGAUGUGUCGAAACAUUGAAGGUCUCCUGUCCUAUGGCAGCCCAGCAAUGUGGAGCCAUUUACAAGAUGGAGGGCAACUGCAGAUCCUAUCGGAAGUAUGAGAAGGGAAGGUUAGAGGCGAGGUGUUGUUCAGAGGGCUUCAGUUUCUCACCAACCGUAGGAUGUCGUCCGAACUUCUACUGUGACGAUGUCUGUCCCUCUCCAUACUUCUCAAGAGAUGUAUGUGACAAGCAUCCAGACUGGACCAGUCCACAAUUCUACAACAUCUCUGUUGGAGAUUUCGGAUGGAGUCGUACAUCUUGUCCUCCAAAAAGUGCUUUCGACAUCCUGGACUGUGGCUGCAGCAUACGGAAUACUGAGACCUGUGAAGCAAGAUAUGCGUGGGCCUUUGGUGCAGCAACCACUCCGUCAUGGUUGACCAUCCGAAACGUGACUACCCGUAACGACGUCGGCAUCUUCAACAUCAACAGCUCCGUCUUCCUGGACAUAAAGAUGACGACAUCUAACCAACCGCUUGCAGUAAAGUUACGGUAUCGGGAGAAUGCUGGAGUAAACGACAGCAGAGUUUUGGUCAAUUGUACAGACAAACUUGUUAUCACGAGUAACAAUGACGGAAUACAAUUCGCCAUUACGAACAGAUACGACAUCGUCUCCAGGAUUUUCAUUUCCACAAAUGGCACAUAUCGAACUGACUGGAAGACAGUCACAGCGUUGUACAAGGACAGGUACCUGAUCGGCGUGGUGGAGACAGGCACUGUCAAAUAUAUAUCCCAAGUAUAUGCUAAAGAUGUAAACAUCCUGACGAACGGAGUGCAACUCGGUUCUGAUGCAUCUUCUGAUCAAAAGACAGCCUUCCUUGGUGACAUAGACAAGAUGUCCGUCUUCGAUUGUGACCCAGGCAUCACCUUCUGAGGGUAAAAUACCAGAAAAAAGGAUGUUAAUAUAAUCUGCAUUGGCACGAACGAUGUUGACGCUAUUGUCUGUCUAUUUUUCUUAAAAUUAACUGCCGGCCAAUGAACGUUUACACAUGAAAAUUGGACUUGACAAAAACAUUACAAACGUUUUUAAAAUAUUACGAGGAUGAAAACAGUCGCCGAAACACUGCAAACUUAAGGUCCAAAACAUAACUAUGAUUUCCUGUAUCAAAUACCAUUUCAUUUCAUUUUUGUCAUUUUUAGGCACCAUCAAACAAGGGUGUAUAGGUUCUUUUGCCCGGUAGUAAAUGUUAGGGUUACUUUCGCCAUACAAUUUGCAUAUUGUUGGAAACCAUUAAUGAUCUGUUUGUAAGUGAUUGUUUCAUUGCACUAAGAUGGCAAUGCGUAGUAAUGCAUACAACAAGUAUAAUACCAAUACAAUUCAUAUUUACAUCACACUACGUCCCGGCUUAGGUAUUAAAAUAUAUCUUGAUUGUGUAAACUGUGCACAAGAGAACCAGACACAGACAAUGUCUACACGGAUUGACCAACCUUACAAGCUUAUUGUAGAAGUAGCAUACUGAAAGGCACCAAUAAUCUUAUUCUGAAAGGGCCCAGGGUGUCACAACCUCAGCAGUACGUCUGUCGAAGUCUGUGUUAAGGUAUGGGAGUUACAGUCAUCUUAGCGCCAAGAUCACUUUGUAUUACAACAUGCCUACAAAUAGGAUAAGCGCUAAGACGAUCGUAACAUGAAGUAAUUUAUAUUUUGAGACUUAAGACAGUCGUACCGCUAAGGUCGUCUUAUACCUGAAAGUAGUAAAGUCAAUUACAUUCAAGCACGAUGGAGGCUACAUAUAGGAGAUGAUAACCCUUUCAUGAACACCUGUUUUAUGAGGUGAAAUGAAAAAAAUAGAAUUCGUUUUUUUAUAAAUCGUCGCUUCCUUUUCGUUUUUAUGCAUACUUAUGUCCAAUUAUGUCUGACGCCUUUUCGUAUUAUCAUCUCAUGUAUGCUGCAUGCUCAUCAAUUUAUGUUAUGCUAUGCUAACUGAUAGUCCGAAAGUUGGAACCUUCAUUAUUUCUUUGUGCCAUUCCAUUUAAUUGCGUAAUAUACGAUGCAACGGACCAAUAGAGGACAAUGCGAAGCUCGAGCAAUCAACAAGGAACAAAUGAACAUUAUUAUUUGAUUGUCUGUCCUAUCAUUUUUGUAUCGAAUAAUAAAAUAUUUUCUCAA